AUGAGGAUCCUUAGGGAUGAGCCUUUUAUCAGGAAGCUUAAGGCUCCAUGGGACAUAAAUGAAGAAGUUGUUCUAGUCCCCUCCAUAACAUCUGAUUCUCUUCAGAUUAAAGAGAGUGUGGAUGAGGCUAAGACGAGUGCGCCUGAAGAAUGUGAUCUCGAGAUCACCUCUAAGCAUAAACCGGAUCCAAUGACGCCUAUUGGUAAGAGAUAUUUUCCAAGGGGUUCAAGUGAAUCAACAACCUUGGAAAGCUUCUAUGAUGGAGAGCUCUCUUCUAACAAUCUUAAGAAGACAAUCAAGUUGGAGAAGAGUGAUUAG